AUGUCCCAGGAAAAAAGCUUAGACGAUUUGUUCUUGGAGCUACGCCAAGCCACAUCCGGCGAGACCACAGAGGAGAAGGAUGAAUUCAGAAAGAUCCAGAAUCAGCUUUCGAAGCUCCCCAAGCUCCAAUCGGCUUUGGAGCAACAAGAAGAAGGUCCAACAAAGACUCGAGAUAUCACAAAGAUAAAUGAUCCUAUCGUCAUUAAACACACCAAAAAAGAGGACGAUUCAGCUGGCGCCAAUUGGUUUGGUUUGUCCAGACCUGAACUAACUCCACAGAUCAAGCGGGACUUGGCAAUCAUCCAGCAAAGAAGUGCAUUAGACCCUAAACGUCACUAUAAAAAGGAAAAAUGGCAAAUACCCAAGUAUUUUGCUACUGGGACAAUCAUACAAGGAAACACAGAGUUUUAUUCGUCACGAAUGCUGAGACGUUCACGAGGACAAACGCUUGCGGAAGAAAUCUUGAACGAUGGAGAUGCCAAUAAGUUCUUUAAGAGAAAGUAUGCUGAAAUACAGCAGCAAAAAACCAGCGGAAGAAAAGCACAUUAUAAGGCGGUGAAGGAAAGAAGGAAACGGUAUUGA